AACUGAUAAACAAAAACAUUUAAGCAGAUAACUUUUCUUUUGACACAAUCGCAGUAAUCUCUAAGGAAAUGGGGCAAAUGGUUCAAGAGAAAACAUGCAAGUUUGUCUCAGAUGAAACUGUACGAUGAUACUCGCUUAGAAACCGGCCAAACUGGUUUUUUCUCAUUUUGUUUUAAAUUGUCAAAGUAAAGUAUCAUUACAGGCUGAAUAGGUGGUUUUCUUAACUGAAAAUGGCAAGUAAUCCAAAAAGAAUUAUCUGUCUUAGUGGGAAACGUAAGAGCGGCAAAGAUUAUAUCGCUGAACAUCUGCAUGCUGCUCUAGCUAAGAGUGUCAUCAUCCGAAUAUCAGCUCCAAUAAAAGAGCAUUGGUCAAAAUUGAAAGGAUUAGAUAUGGAUCAGCUGAUGAGCGACAGUGCUUAUAAAGAAAAAUAUAGGAUUGAAAUGAUAUCUUGGGGGGAAGAAAAACGUGCUCAAGACCCCAGCUUUUUCUGCAGAUCUGCAAUCCAAAUGUUUAAUGGUAAUGACUUCCCUAUUUGGAUAGUAUCAGACCUAAGGAGGGAAACAGAUCUCACAUUUUUCCGCAAUCAAUACUCUGAGCAUGUUACCUGUGUUCGAAUAUCUGCAUCAACUGAAGCAAGAGUAAAAAGAGGCUUUGUUUAUUCAGCUGUUGUAGAUGAUAGUGAAUCUGAAAAUGGACUAGACCACAUUCAGGACUGGGAUCUCUACAUAGAGAAUGACGGAGAUCCUUUGCUGUUGAAACUUCAGCUUGAACGUUUGAUCAAAAUUUGUGAAGGAUUGUGUUAAGUUUAACCUAUGCAUUUUCUAUCUUUGUUUAAACUGCCUACAUGUAGUGAGCGCAGCCUGUAUGCGUUAACACACUUUAUUUUCAAGUUAAUUACCCCGUUGGCCAUACCCAGGUACGCAAAACCUUUUUUCGUGAUAAACUGGGAAUAAAAUCGUAGCUGUAAAAUGAGAA